UAGGCCCCCGUCGCCGAGCGUUGCCAAGCAGAGCUGGACGCCGCCCGCUCCUCGGUCCCCGCCCUCCCUGGGUCCAGCCCAGGUCCUUCACCUAGCGGCCCUCGGCAGCCAUGGGCUCGGAGAUGGAACCGCUGCUCCUGGCCUGGAGCUAUUUUAGGCGCAGGAAGUUCCAGCUCUGUGCGGAUCUCUGCACGCAGAUGCUGGAGAAGUCCCCUUACGACCAGGAACCAGAUCCAGAAUUGCCCGUCUUUCAGGCAGCCUGGAUUUUGAAGGCGCGAGCACUCACGGAAAUGGUGUAUGUUGAUGAAAUUGACGUCGGUCGGGAAGGAAUCGCAGAGAUGAUCCUGGACGAAAACGCUAUUGCUCAGGUUCCACGCCCCGGAACAUCUUUGAAACUCCCUGGGACUGCCCAGACAGGAGUGCCUAGUCCGGCCGUCAGGCCGCUCACUCAAGCUGGAAGACCCAUCACGGGUUUCCUGAGACCCAGCACGCAAGGCGGGAGGCCCGGCACUAUGGAGCAGGCCAUCAGGACGCCCAGAGCCGCCUACACCGCCCGCCCGGUGACCAGCUCGUCCGGGAGAUUCGUGCGGCUGGGAACGGCGUCCAUGCUUACAAGUCCUGAUGGACCUUUCAUAAAUUUAUCUAGACUGAAUUUAACAAAAUAUGCCCAGAAACCUAAACUGGCAAAGGCUUUGUUUGAGUAUAUCUUUCAUCAUGAAAAUGAUGUUAAGACUGCUCUGGACCUGGCUGCCCUUUCCACGGAGCACUCGCAGUACAAGGACUGGUGGUGGAAAGUGCAGAUCGGCAAAUGCUACUACAGGUUAGGAAUGUAUCGUGAAGCAGAAAAACAGUUUAAGUCAGCCCUGAAACAGCAGGAAAUGAUUGAUACAUUUCUCUACUUGGCAAAAGUUUACAUCUCGUUGGACCAACCCGUGACUGCUUUAAACCUUUACAAACAAGGAUUAGAUAAGUUCCCAGGAGAAGUAACCCUCCUUUGUGGAAUUGCCAGGAUCCAUGAGGAGAUGAACGACAUUGCCUCUGCCGCCGAGCGCUACAAGGAGGUUCUGAAACAGGACAACACGCACAUGGAGGCCAUCGCCUGCAUCGGGAGCAACCACUUUUACUCCGAUCAGCCGGAAAUCGCGCUCCGCUUUUACAGGCGGCUGCUGCAGAUGGGGGUCUACAACUGCCAGCUCUUCAACAAUCUGGGGCUCUGCUGCUUCUACGCCCAGCAGUACGACAUGACUCUGGCCUCGUUCGAGCGCGCCCUCGCUCUGGCGGAAAACGAAGAAGAGGCGGCUGACGUCUGGUACAACCUGGGGCACGUCGCCGUGGGGACGGGAGACACGGGUCUGGCCCAUCAGUGCUUCCGGCUGGCUCUGGCCAACAACAACAGCCACGCCGAGGCCUACAACAACCUGGCUGUGCUGGAGAUGCGGAAGGGCCACGUCGAACAGGCAAAAGCACUGUUACAGACUGCGUCAUCUUUAGCACCCCAUAUGUAUGAGCCGCAUUUUAAUUUUGCAACCAUCUCUGAUAAGAUUGGAGAUCUACAGAGAAGCUAUGUCGCUGCUCGUAAGUCUGAAGAAGCAUUUCCAGAUCACGUGGAUACGCAACACUUAAUUGAGCGGUUAAAGCAGCACUUUGCUAUGCUCUGAUUGUUCCUGAGACCAAAUGCAUGUUUUUAGGAUGGGGCAUUACAGGAGAGAGGACUCCUCCCACCGUAAAAGGAAUGAUCUCCUGGAGGGCGGGCCCCUUGUAGUACUGGCUUCCCCCACUAGGUGGAUGUCCUAGGAACCCACCUGUAUCAGUGUACCAGCAGGCAGCGUUGUGAGAGGCUGCACUGAGUUUCAGUGAAUUUUUUUUUGAAGACUCAGUGCACUUGCCCAUUUCAUCAUGGGUGAUUUCCAAGCACGUCUACCUACACCGCGCUGAGUAUUCAGCAGUUUUUGACCAGAAACGGCAUGACCCCUGUGUUCCCUCCUUCCCGUUCGCCCGAUCUCACCCUGAGUGACUUUUUUUCUGUUUCCCUGGAUGGAAAUAGUCCUCAGAGGGAAACAGUUUGCCGAUGUGGAGGAGGGGAAACGAAAAGCUGCAGAAGCACUAAAAGCAUCAAAAUUGGCAUUGAGCAGGGAAAAGGUGCCUUGAUAGGUGUAUUGCAGCAAGUGGAGAGCACUUUGAAGGGGACUGAGUUUAAACAUGUAAGAAUAAAUGCACAAUUUUCAAUAAGUUUCUGUUUUGUGGGGGUUCCCCCUUGUGUAAUCGUAUAAGGGAAAAAUAGUGUGUGUGUGUGAACAUGUAUCUAUGGAAUACACACCUGUGCUUGAUAUUAGUGAAGAUGGCAUGCGGGAGUUGAAAUAAGGCUGUAAAUUAAAACUUUUAUAAUACCCCUAUAAUAUUAUGAAAGACAGGAUUUCAGCAUUUGUAAGUGGAUCAUGGAGGCUCUUCCCACAUUACACGGCAGAUGUUUGUUUUUAACGUUUAUAAAACAUUUUCAUGAAUUUCCUCACAUUUUUAUACAUACACAUUUUUAAUGUUCUUAAGCUUGCCCUUAACUAUCAUGUACCUUAAGAGGCCUGAAAUUUGCCUUUUAAAUUGUACUUUUAUGGCUAAAAGUGUGUAUAUUUAUCCUAACUAGAGACUUAUUUAAAGCUUAAAAAUUGUGUUUAAACUAUCAAAUGCUUUGUGAGAGGCUCUACAUUUUCUUACGUAUAGUGCUUUAAAAUAAAUCAGUGUGUAAAACACCAUCA